AUGCAAACCCUCCUUCAAACGGCCCUUCUUGCAGUCACUGCAAUAGCAGCCAGCCUUCCCACGCAAAUCGCUGACGGUACCAAUGGCUUCCGCCUCUGGGCUAACAUGAUUUACCCCGAUCUUGGCCCAGAGUGGGGCUCUGCUGUUCAGGGUUACGAGCUUAGCUACGCAUCCAGUAGCCAGUGCCAAGCGGAGGUCAUUCUGGUUCCCGCCAACCAAGGGUCUACUUUUUAUGCCAAGAACAAUACGAUUGGGCUUUACUUUGAAGAUGAAUCGCCUCUAUUUGCCGGCAUGGGUUUACACUGGCGUGCGACUGCGACGGUACCAAGCGGUAGACCUGUGAAGUUGAAGUGUUUGGAUGGUACUCAGGGUCUGACUCUCACGACAAACGGCGUGUAUUAUCCUGGAGAAAUGGGUCCCGAUUUCAAUGGCGCAUUCAUGGCGUGCGGGAGGGAAUAUAUAUUCUUGAGCUUCUUUGCAUGGGGCCAGAGGCCCCUUUACGGUUGUACUGUAGUCCAGCUUCUUCCCAUCUACUAG